GAAAAUAAGAUACAAGUCCAUUAUUCCUAGAGACACUGCAGCUGUUCAACUCCUCUGCUUUUAUAGGCAGGGUCUUCAUGAAUGCUAAGAGAGGUUACCAGCUCCUCUUCUCUGUUAGAAGAAAUCAGAAUGACCAAGAUAUCAUUGGGCGUCUCUAUGAAAGGAAUCUGUAUCUGUAUCAAGAUGCUCUGAAGAAUAGCUUCCACCUUUAGUGCUACAUAAUGACUAACAUCUUCCAUUUUAUUAUUAUCUUCACAUUGAUACUUGAGAUCAGAGCCCAAUUAUCUUAUGAAAGUGAAUUUUUAGUUGACAGGUCAAAUAGAGGUCUUACCAAUGUUCCCAAAGACCUGCCCUUGCAAACAACAAUCUUAAAUACAUCACAAAAUUCUAUAUCUGAGCUUCAAACUUCUGACAUCUCAUCACUGGCAAAGCUGAGGACUUUGAUACUUUCUUAUAACAGAAUUCAGCAUCUCAAUAUCAGUGUUUUCAAAUUCAACCAGAAAUUGGAAUACUUGGAUUUGUCCCACAAUGAGUUAGGCAAAAUUUCUUGCUACUCUACUGUGAAUUUCAAGCACUUGGACCUCUCAUUUAAUGCAUUUGAUGCCCUGCCCAUAUGCCAAGAGUUUGGCAAUAUGUCUCAACUAAAAUUUCUGGGGUUGAGUGCCACACAGUUAGAAAAAUCUAGGGUGUUACCCAUUGCUCAUUUGAAUAUCAGUAAGGUUUUGCUGGUCUUAGGAGACUUUUAUGGGGGAAAAGAAGACCCCCAGAGCCUUCAAGACUUCAACACAGAGAGUCUGCACAUUGUUUUCCCCACAAAAAAGGAAUUCCAUUUUAUCUUGGACCUGUCAGUUAGGAGUGUAGUAAGUCUAGAGUUGUCUAAUAUCAAAUGUGUGCUAGAUGAUAAUGAAUGUUCUUAUUUCCCAAAUGCUCUGACAAAACUUCAGAUGAAUCCAAGGUUAACAAAUCUUACUUUAAACAAUAUCGAAACAACUUGGAAUUCCUUCAUUGGGAUCCUCCAGUUGGUUUGGAAUACAACCAUUGAGUAUUUCUCGAUUUCAAAUGUGAAACUACAGGGUCAACUGAACUCCGGAGAUUUUAAUUAUAGUGGCACGUCCAUAAAGGCCUUGUCUAUACACCAAGUUGUCAGUGAUGUGUUCAGUUUUCCGCAGAGUCAUAUUUAUAAAAUCUUUUCUAAUAUGAACAUCGAAUAUUUCACAGUGUCUGGCACACGCAUGAUCCACAUGCUUUGCCCAUCCCAAAUUAGCCCAUUCCUGUAUCUGGAUCUUUCCAAUAAUCUCUUAACAGACACAGUUUUUGAAAGUUGUGGAAGCUUGACUGAUUUGGAGACACUUACUUUACAAAGGAAUCAAUUAAAAGAACUUGCAAAAAUAGUUACUAUGACCAAAGAAAUGAAGUCUCUCCAACAGCUGGAUAUUAGCCAGAAUUCUGUAAGGUAUAAUGAAAAUGGAAGAAAUUGCUCUUGGACUAAAAGUUUGUUGAGAUUAAAUAUGUCUUCAAAUAUACUCACCGACUCUGUUUUCAGGUGUUUACCUCCCAGGAUCAAGGUACUUGAUCUUCACAAAAACAGAAUAAGCAGCAUUCCCAAGGGUAUCACCUGUCUGGAGGCUUUGCAAGAACUCAAUGUUGCUUUCAAUUCUUUAACCGACCUUCCUGGGUGUGGCACUUUGAGCAGCCUUUUGGUGCUGAUCAUUGAUCAUAAUUCCGUUUCCCACCCAUCAGUGGAUUUCUUCCAGAGCUGCCAAAAGAUUAGGUCCAUAAAAGCAGGGAACAAUCCAUUCCAAUGCACCUGCGAGCUAAGAGAAUUUGUCAAAAAUCUAGGCCAGGUAUCAAGUGAAGUGCUAGAGGGCUGGCCUGAUUCUUAUAAGUGUGAUUACCCUGAAAGCUACAAGGGAACCCCACUCAAGGACUUUCAUGUGUCGCAAUUGUCCUGCAACACAGCUCUGCUGAUCACCACCAUUGGGGCCAUCGUGCUGGUGUUGGCUGUGACCGUGACUUUCCUCUGCAUCUACCUGGAUCUGCCCUGGUAUCUCAGGAUGGCGAACCAGUGGACCCAGACCCGGAGCCAGGCCAGGAACACACCCUUAGAGGAACUCCAAAAAACUCUCCAGUUUCAUGCUUUUGUUUCAUAUAGUGGGCACGAUUCUAACUGGGUGAAGAAUGAAUUACUACCAAACCUAGAAAAAGAAAAUAUACAGAUUUGUCUCCAUGAGAGAAACUUUGUUCCUGGCAAGAGCAUUGUGGAAAACAUCAUCAACUGCAUUGAGAAGAGUUACAAGUCCAUCUUUGUUCUGUCUCCCAACUUUGUUCAGAGUGAGUGGUGCCACUAUGAACUCUACUUUGCCCACCACAACCUCUUCCAUGAAGGAUCUAAUAACUUAAUCUUGAUCUUGCUGGAGCCUAUUCCACAGUACUCUAUCCCUAGCAGCUAUCACAAGCUCAAAACUCUCAUGGUCCGAAGGACUUAUUUGGAAUGGCCCAAAGAGAAGAGUAAGCAUGGACUUUUUUGGGCUAACCUAAGAGCAGCCAUUAACAUUAAGUUGAUGGAGCAAGCAAAAAAAAUAGAUCACACACAGAGCUAAAAAUAUUCAUCUUGUCAAUGUUGCCGUCCUGGGAAGUUCCAACAAUGACCUUAUUUUGCAUCAACACAAAUCUAAACACAAUUUUGAGUUUAUGAUGUAGAUUAAAAUGUGUACUUCCAGGCCCAAGUUCAUAAUUUAUAUGAGGUAAUAAAAAUUAAUGAAAUAAUAUAAUUUUGAUUUACACAGUUGGUUAAUUUCUGACACUUGAGGGAUUCACCUAUAUCUUUGCUAUAAUUGAAUUCACUGAAUUUAUUAUAAAAUCAAGAGAAGCACUUGGUUGUCUUCAGUGAUGUAUGUUUCUGUGCACCAGGGUCAAUGUUAGAAAACUCUAUGAUUUUAUGCCUAUAGCUGGUUUCUAGAAGAGAUUUCUACAGCAGCCGAUGCCCUCCCCAUUCACACUCAGCCUUUGCCUCUACAUGUAGAAGGCUGCUCAUUGCUAGUGCUGGACACUCUAUGCCUGGAAGAUACUUUUCUGGUCAUGACACCCACACAAAGGGCAAGUCAGAAGUGCCAGAAAGUUGUUCUUGGAAGCAGCUCUCACCCGGUGUCAGAAAGAGAAUUGAUGGAUAAAUACCCCAACUUUCUCACCCAUUUUUUGAGAGAAAGCUGGGUGUACUUUACACUCUCUCUGAGUUCCCCAGUAGGAUAAAAUUUUGGUUGUCCACAGUAGAAAUGGCAUGAUAAAAUAUUGUCUUGGCUUCCUUUCUAUUUUUUUUCUCAUUUACCCAUUCCUCUGUGAGUGUUUUCUGGAAUGACUUCUGAAAUAAACUACUUGCAGUUGAA